AUGAUGGGUGAUCCAUUUGAGUCUCUAACUGCACUACUUCCCGCGAAUUAUGUGCAUAUGGCGCGUGACGCAGCUUUAGCAUCUACCUCGAGGAUUCGUCAUCUAGUCACGCAACGGAAAAUACCUGAUGUUGGAUGGUCCGUCAACGAAAUAGAUUUGUUUGUGAGACAAAUCGCUGCCAUGGAUUCCAAUGCCUUUCCUGGGAAUGUUGGCGCUGGAGAACGAGAGUCUCGCAUUUUCUCAGUAUUAGUUGCUCAAAGGAAUUAUAACCUGGGCCACGGAAUCGGGCGCUCGGGAGACAUUCUGGCGGUGCAGCCGAAAGCCGUGGGUUCCUCGCUGAUAAAUCACCUUACGAACCACCUGGUGUCCCACGCUUUAUCCCUCGCUGGAAUCCAACCAAAGCCACACUGCUUCAUCACACCCUUCGCGACCGGCAUGGCACUCACCAUGUGCUUUCUCCGCUUGCGCCACAUGCGACCCAACGCCACUCACGUCAUCGCCACCCGCGUCGACCAAAAGAGUCACUUGAAAAGCGUCGAAGCUGCGGGUUUCCGGUUAUGUGUCGUGGCCAAUUCCCGACGCGGUGACGAGAUCACGACUGAUGCGUCGAGUGUAGCGGAAGCGGCGGAAUCGAUUGGUGUGGAGAACGUCGUUGCGGUUUUGGCGGUGACGUCGUGUUUCGCGCCGAGGGCACCCGAUGAUUUGCCGACGUUGUCGACGUGGUGUAAGGAUCAGGGUGUGCCGUUGGUGGUGAAUAAUGCGUACGGGGUGCAGAGCAGCAAGUGUGUGCAUUUGGUGAACGAGGCGCGACGGGUGGGUCGUUUGGACGUGUUUGUGCAGAGCUGCGACAAGAAUUUCAUGGUGCCUGUGGGUGGGGCCGUGAUUGCCGGGUUCGAUAAGGAGUUUGUGGACAGCAUCGCUGCAUUGUAUCCUGGUCGGGCAUCGUGUGGACCUUCAUUAGACGUGCUGAUGACUUUGCUGGAAUUGGGCGUAAACAGGUACAAGCAACUUUUGAGCCAAAGAAAAACGAUCUACGAGAAGCUGAAGUCGGCUUUGCAGAUCGUAGCUGCAAAACACGGGGAGCGAAUCUUGGAAACGAAGAGUAACAAUAUUUCUUUGGCAUUUACGCUCGACAAUUACCCGAAAGAAGACGUUUCCAAACUGGGAUCUAUGUUGUUUACUAGGAAUGUUUCGGGGGCUAGAGUCGUUUCUGGAUUGGAAACGAAAACCGUGGCUGAUGUUCGAUUAUGUGGCUGGGGAGCACAUGCUGAUGAUCACCCAAGUGCCUACUUGACGGUAGCAGCAGCAAUUGGAAUGAAGCCAGAAGAAGUGGAUAUAGUUGCAAAGCGUUUAGACAAGGCAUUGCAAAAGUUCAAGCAAGAUCUGUGAUACUCUUGAUGACCACACCUCAAAUGUGGUGCUGCGUUGCUGUGCUAGUGUUAUAUCAUGUCAGUUACGUUGCUUUCGUUAGGGUGUGAUUCUGGCAUUCCAGAAAUGUGGCUAAAUAGACAGGCCUUGAACGACUUGAUUUGACACCAAUGCUGUACUUCGAAUUAGUAAGUCACCUACAGUUAAUUCAUGUUG